AUGGAGAAGAGGGCUCGGAGCUCCUCCAGAGAGUCCCACGGGAGAGGCGGCGGGUCCCCCCACAAGGAGAACAGGAGGGCGAAGGCCGAGAGAGGCGCGGGAGGACGCGGGCGGCGGACUGCGGGGCGCGAGCAGCCGGACCUCGGGCGGGCAGGGAGCCCCGGGGAGACACGAGCGCCCGCCGCCACCGUAGUGGACGUGGAUGAGGUCCGGGGCUCCGGCGAGGAGGGCACCGAGGUGGUGGCGCUGCUGGAGAGCGAGCGGCCCGAGGAAGGUGCCAAGUCUUCUGGUUUAGGAGCCUGUGAGUGGCUUCUUGUCCUCACAUGCCUGCUCUUCAUCAUCGUGACCUUCCCUUUUUCUGUCUGGUUCUGCAUAAAGGUUGUACAGGAAUAUGAGAGAGUAAUUAUAUUCCGAUUGGGACAUCUGCUCCCUGGAAGAGCCAAAGGCCCUGGCCUUUUCUUCUUUUUGCCCUGCCUGGAUACCUACCACAAGGUCGACCUUCGUCUCCAAACCUUGGAGAUACCCUUUCAUGAGGUUGUGACCAAAGACCUGUUCGUAAUGGAGGUGGAUGCCAUCUGCUACUACCGAAUGGAGAACGCCUCUCUUCUCCUAAACAAUCUUGCCCACGUGUCCAAAGCUGUACAGUUCCUCGUACAAACCACCAUGAAGCGUCUGCUAGCACACCGCUCCCUCACUGAAAUUCUUCUAGAGAGGAAGAGUAUUGCCCAAGAAGUAAAGGUCGCCUUGGAUUCAGUGACCUGUAUUUGGGGAAUCAAAGUGGAGAAAACAGAAAUUAAGGAUGUGAGGCUGCCGGCCGGGCUUCAGCACUCACUGGCUGUGGAAGCCGAAGCACAGAGACAGGCCAGAGUGCGGAUGAUCACGGCAGAAGGGGAGAAGGCCGCCUCCGAGUCCCUGAGGAUGGCAGCUGAGAUUCUAUCGGGCACUCCAGCUGCAGUUCAGCUUCGAUAUCUCCACACUCUUCAAUCCUUGUCCACUGAGAAAGCUUCCACGGUGGUUUUACCUUUGCCAUUUGACCUGCUAAACUGCCUGUCUUCCCCAAGCAAUAGAACUCAAGGAAGCAUCCCUUUCACAAAUCCUGCCAAACCUGUUGAGCCACUGAGUCGUAGAAAGAAAGAUUCUCCCAUGUUAUAG